AUGCUUUGGCAAUCCGCAUCUAUUAGAAGGCUUGGCUCUGCACCUUCCAUUUCCUCACUGCAUUCGUGGAAUGACUUUUUUACAGUUCGAUCAAAGCUCAAAAGAAUUGGUAUGGCGUGCGGUGUUCCUUCGGCAUUUCUUUUCCUUGUAUGUGAGACCAUCCUGCUUUCCCAGCCGCUUUUUGACCCAACCAUGACAAUCUUUGGUAUGGAUCCCAUGCWAAUGAUUAUCCUCGGGACUUUUGGCGGCACAGUGACCUCAUUUGUUGCCGGAUCGAUGACGGGAAAAUAUCUAUACUCAUCGAGAUAUCCCAAUUUACGGGUUUUCAUGGACCAGGGCCAAUAUCCCCCCGAUCCCAACCCAACCGAAUUUAAACAUGGAUUUCCAUGGCGAAAAAAUCUCUUCUGUGGCCGAAUAUAG